ACAUUCGCGCCAUGACCCAAGUCGUGACAGCAUCAUAUAUCAAAAGCGCAUUGGCUUCCCUGAUGACUGGUCUUGGAGACAUAUGAUUCGAUCUCGAGAGAACAAGCAGAGCAAAGUUCUCGUUGCCUUCAUCUGGUUAAUGCAAGUCGCUCAAAUGGCAAUCGCUGCUUGGAUAUCGUGCGUUCAUACAAUGGAGGUCGACGUUAUACUCCAUUUCAUUGGCUACACAUUGACAAACUGGGCGCUUUACACUGGAAUAUGUUCCUUGACUACGUCCCUUGUGCAUGGUGUUUUCAUAUUUAGGGUUUUCAGACUUGAGAAGAGUCUCUAUGGUAAACGGAGAAUGACAUGGGUUUUGAUUGCAUUUUGUGUCAUGGAGCAAGUUUUUGGUCUUCUUAGUACAAUCUUCAUCUUCAAAACAAGUAAUUACAGCUUGAAUGUCGUGGCUGUUUGGUCCACCUUUAUCUCGCUUGGUUGUUCAGCUAUCAAUGAUGUUCUUAUCGCUGGAACUUUGGCCUAUAUUCUCCACAAACACAGGACCACAUCGCCAAGAACUAAUCAAAUGAUCACGAGACUCAUCAUAUUCUGCUCACAAACAGGUUUGAUUACAACCGUGGUGGCAUCCGUCACUAUGGGAAUUUGGGCAGCUUGCCGUUUCGAUUUUCACCAUCUACAUAUGUGUUUUCCUAUUGGAGGCUUAUAUGCUACAUGUCUUCUUGCCAACUUUAUCGCUCGGGAAUCCUACCUGCAGCCGCAAACAGUUCACGAAACUGAGAUUUCCGCUAUCAGUUUUGCACGUUUCACGCAAGAGGCUCAUGUGGGCUUUCCAGACAAUAACUCGGGGCUGCAGGAAACAUUGGUAAUGCAAGGAGGAGCAGAUUCAUCGAAAGCGUCUUCCUGUUAAUUCGAAUCACUAUAAUCCUUUGGACACAAUGCUACCAUUUUGCAUAUACGUCGGCGUCAAGAAACUGUUCAACAUCCAAAUGCGAGUAGGCUACUAUAUUGAAACUCACUGGGGCGGCCGUAGUCAAAAUAUCUAAACGAAUACAUGUAUCAUAUAUGCUUCACGAUACCUCCAUCCCUCUAGACUACUAUGAGACAUAUUCGUUUGAGUGCCGCCUUCAAGUCGCACAAAUCCUUGUUAUGACUAAAAUAAUAUUGCUUAAAGCGGUUGUUUAUUUUUAACCGAGUUUAAUCUUGUCUAUACUAUCACUCCUGGGGUUCUGCAACAUUUUCAAUAAAUCUUUUGUAACUCCUCAACCGCAUCAUAUUAUCUUCUACUGAUUUGCACCAUUAUAUAUUCGUAGCUACUCUAUAUGAAUAUGAUUUUUUCUGAUUUUAA